GGCUAAUGGGGGAAGGUUCGUGUCUGGGCCUCUCCUACCUUUUUUUUCUUUCCUCCGUGUGUUCUGUGGUGUCACUUCCAUGGAUCUGGGCGAACUUUUGAAUGUGCUAUCUUGUUGUUAUUCAAGGUUUCAGUGUUAAAUUUGGUCGUGACAGCUGCGCAAUGUGAGUAAUGUUAAGCCGCGACCACUUCUAGGUGAAACGCGCGUAAUCAUGGCCUUCUUAUGGCCUUCUCUUCAUAGCCAUUUAACUAAAGGAGGCUAUGGUGCAAUGGACGGCAUUCUGACAGCGACUAGUGCAUCGGCGGAUGUAAAACCGAGUGUUGAAGACUUGGUUGACGAAAAUCAUUAUGCGAACGAAGUUGCGGUAGACAUGAAGCCUUCUGUUGAUCACGGACAUUAUGCGAACGAUGUUACGACCGACGUUAAGCCGAACAUUGAGCAUGAGCAUGAUGCGAAUGAAUUUACGUCGGACGUGAAGCCGAGUGUUGAUCACGGACACUAUGCCAAUGAAGUUACAGCGGACUUGAAGCCGAUUGUUGAUCACAGGCAUAAUGCGAAUGAAGUUAUGGCAUUGGUGGACGAGAAGCCGAGUGUUCAUGAUGGACAUGUUGCGAAUACAGUUACUCUUAGUGAAGGUUCUGUUUCUGCAGAAUCCCGUGACCAGUACCAUUUGCUCGUGUCAGUAGAAGAUCAACUGCAUUCCUGCCGGCAGUGUAACUAUACGACCAGGAAUAAAAAAAACAUGAAAGUGCACCUUCGCCGGCACACAGGGGAGCUUCCCUUCCAGUGUCACCUUUGCCCGGCUACUUUUCUUGUGAAAGUCCGUCUCACACAGCACAUUCGUACCCAUACUGGAGAGCGUCCUUUCCCCUGCACCCAGUGCAAUUUGUCCUUUUCACUAAAACACAGCCUGACAAAACACUUGCUCACCCACACAGGAGAGCGUCCCUUUUGCUGUGUUCACUGCAGUAAAUCCUUUUCAAAGAAAUGUAACCUGAAGCAGCACAUGUGCACCCACAUGCCCAACCGCAUAAUAGAGCGACCUUUUUCUUGUGGCCAGUGCAAUGCAUCCUUUUCACGGAAAAACUCCCUCACGGAGCACUUGCGCACCCACUCAGGAGAGCGUCCUUUCUCCUGUCUCUUCUGCAAUGCAUCAUUUUCACGAAAGCCUGACCUCAGGGGACACGUACGCACCCACACUGGAGAGCGCCCGUUUUCCUGUGACCAAUGUGACGCAGCCUUUAGGCUGAGCCACGCCCUCAAGCAGCACAUGCGCACCCACACCGGCGAACGUCCCUUUUCCUGUGGCCACUGUGAUGCCUCUUUUUCCCAUAGAAGCAACCUCAAGCUACACAUGCGAACCCACACAGGAGAGCGCCCUUACUCGUGUGUUCACUGUGAUGCAUCCUUUAAACGAAAAACCAGCCUCAAAGACCACAUAAAUUCCCACACAGGAGAGCGUCCGUAUUCCUGUAGCCAUUGCAAUGCAACUUUUUCACAGAGAAGUGUUCUCCGUCGCCACAUCUCCGGACUUCAUCCCAAUGAAGCCCAGAAGGGCAGGUGUGCCAGUAUUUCUACUGUAUAGGAUACACAGCUGAUCAAUUCUGCUAAAACGUGAUCUUUUUUGAAACCGUUUACUGAAGUGUGUCGUGAAUUUGGGACAUACCGGAAAACUCUGACCAAGCAAGUCACGAAAUGUGUGCUGCCUUUAACGUCGUUUGUAAAAUACUCACAAGGAAAGUAGCUUUCAGCAGGAAAAAUCUAGCACAGCCUCGUGCAAAGAAUGUAAUGCUUAAAUUAAGUGUUAUGUGACUGAUAGUGGAAAGCACGAUGCAUGCGCAAUAUCUCUCACUUAAUUUUUUCUCGCCUGAGUGACGUAAGUUCAGUCUUAUUAUUUUGUGUGUGUAUGCAUGCAAGCAUGUUGCAAAUUCAUGUCAUGAAUUUGCGACAUGCCAAAAAGUAUGCAUUAAAGUUGAGUUUUAGAUGAUUUAGCUGUAGAAUCAAUGCAAGGUUGCUAUGCAGAGCUGAAAAUAAGCAAAAUUUUUUGUUUGGCAGUGUCAAAAUUCAGGAAUUAAAAAGCUAAGGUGCCUCGAAAAGUUUUACGUUCCUUGGCUGUUGAGUUUAGAGAAAAGUGAUUAUCCAUGGGAAUUUAUCAAGUGUCUUCAGAUGACAUUCCUGCCUCCAUUCAAAAUGCGGCUAUCACUGCCCAGAUUUGAUUCCGCAACCUUUGGUCGAGCGACAUAACUGCUGGGACAUCAUGGCGGGUCGAAUUUCCUUCAGUAAUGAGAAGUGUAAAGUUUAAUCAAAAAGGCAAUUCUACAUUUCAUUAGAUCACCUCUUGCAAAGUUUUUUCUGUAAACGUUUGAUUGCUACUUCAAUCCAAGAAAUGAAAUUAGAAAGUGGAUUUGCCUGUGCAUAACUCAUUAAGUGUAAGUAUUUCAGUAUUUUAAGUAUUUUAAGAAUUUUUUAAAGUAAAUUAAGUAUUUUAUAAGAAUGAAGUCGACAAAAUUAUUACUAAAGACGUCAUAGAACCAUCAUCUAGCCCCUGAGCCUCCUCGUCGUGCACGUUGUAAAGAAGGAUGGCAGCUG